GCGGGAACUGCCAGCCACGUCAUCCACCAACUUUGCCCUAAUAGAACGAGCUUGGUGUUAGGACGAUUCCGCAUUUGCACACAUUUAAAGGAGAUUUUAACCGCACUACAGACUGAGGCAAACUAAAUUUAAACUCGCAGGAGCUAACUGCACCGCGCCCCGAGGAAACGGCCGCCUGCAGAAAAGUUACACGUCUUCAUCCUCUAGAAAGCAGACUUCGAGAUUUGCAGCGAUCUGCACCGUAUUCCUGCGCAGAACACAACACAACGCGACGUUUGUGCAGAUAAUUUAUUCGUUUUAUUAUCAGAAGGCAGAAUGAACAUCUUUCGUCUGGCCGGUGACGUGUCGCAUCUCGUGGCCAUCAUUGUCCUUUUCUUGAAGAUCUGGCGGUCCAAAUCCUGCGCAGGUAUAUCAGGGAAAUCGCAGAUUCUGUUUGCAGUUGUGUUCACCACCAGAUAUUUGGAUCUGUUUACCAACUUCAUCUCCAUCUACAACACAGUUAUGAAGGUAGUGUUCCUGGUCUUGGCCUAUGCUACUGUACACUUGAUCUAUAUGCGUUUCAGGCACUCCUAUGACGCAGAGAAUGACUCCUUCCGGGUGGAGUUUCUCCUGGUGCCUGUUGCUGGUCUCUCCUUCCUGGAGAACUAUGCCUUCACCCCACUGGAGAUUCUCUGGACAUUCUCCAUCUAUCUGGAGUCAGUUGCCAUCUUGCCGCAGCUGUUUAUGAUAACUAAGACAGGGGAGGCGGAGUCCAUCACUACACACUACCUGUUCUUUCUGGGACUCUACCGCGUCCUCUACCUGGGGAACUGGAUAUGGCGGUACUACAAUGAGAAUUUCUUCGACCAGAUUGCUGUUGUCUCUGGUGUUGUGCAGACAAUCUUCUACUGUGAUUUCUUCUACCUGUACUUCACCAGAGUGCUAAGAGGAAGUGGGAAGAUGUCUCUGCCAAUGCCAGUGUAAGGAACAGUCCACGCCCAGCCAUUAUCCAGCCCCGCCCACUAUCCUGUCCCAACAUUCCCUGUUCCUUGUUCAAUUGAACUCACUAUACACAUCAGUCACAUAACUACAAAUCCUGGCCAAGACUUCUGCGACUUUUCUUUUUUUUUUAUUUUUUUUUAUUUUUUUUUUUUAAAUAAAAAUGACAAAUUCCAGUCCACUUUGGCCUCAUCCACCAUAAUAACAACAAUUAUACAGUGUGUGUGGAAAUGUGCCUUAAUGUACAGCUUUUCAGAGUUACAGGUUUUUAAAAAGGCCUCAAAUACUCCUCAGAUUGGAAGCACCUUACUUUACUGUCUUCCUUACUUUUCAAGGUGUGUGUGUGUGGGCGUGCACGCACACGUCACAUGUGUCUUCAUAAGACUUUUGCCAGUUUUUCAAUUGUCAAAAAACUGCAAAAGGUGCUUUCUAGGUAUGGCAUGGGUGCAAUGGAGGGACAAAUUCUACAUUUCAGCUUCUCAUCUCUCUGACUCUGCCCUGUCUUUGUAAGCACUGUGUGUCCCUCCUGCUCUGGGUGUGCCUACAGUAUGCUGGAUCUGAUUGGACUGUUGCCACAUUAUAUGGUUUUAUUCAGGUGUGUGUGUGUGUGUGUGUGUGUGUGUGUGUGUGUCGACAUGCUGAAUAAAGAUUUUACAUAAUUUUCCAUUAAAUCAAUUUAAGGUUAAGUUAAAAUCACAGCCCAACUACUACACAGUUCCUCCAUUCAGUGCAGUACUGUUACAUCAUAGUAGGAUUUGCAUUUUUAAGCAGUCUGUGUUUUAACUGAAAACAAGGAAAGUGGAUUAGUGUAAUCUGAUCUGCCUUCUGUGUUCAGUGUGUUUUGUAAAAUUAACGUUUUGUCAAUAAAGGAUAAAAGUGUUGUUUGCUA